GCGCAUUACACAUCACACCACACAACAACAACUACAAACAAGUGAACAACACCGGCUAGGUAACCUUUAGUUUACCACCACCCACAACUAAUAAUAAAAUUUUAUUUUUCUAAUAAUUAUUGAAGUUGAAUCUCGAUAAUGUCUGAACGUAUUAUUCCAAUUGAAAUUGAAAAUGACGAUCCGAGCUCCCAACGCGAAACCCAGGGCGAAACCAUUCCAACAGUAAACGAAAACGAUGAACAACAACAAAGCCAGUUGUCCACGACCACACCAUCAUCUGAAUGUGAAUCUGCGGUACAAACCCAGGGCGAAACCAUUCCAACAGUAAACGAAAACGAUGAACAACAACAAAGCCAGUUGUCCACGACCACACCAUCAUCUGAAUCUGAAUCUGCGGUACCACUACCAGAACCGACUAAUCCAGUGGAAUCUGACACACCCUCGGACACACCUGGACCAUCCAGUACCACGACAAAAGUCAAAGUUAAAUCUGCUGCAGUAUCACCAAAAGACGAGGGUGAAUAUGAAUACCUAAAGAACUUCGACCAGCUUGAAGGAAGGGACAUUGAAGCAAUUAUGCAAAAAUACAGUCUACCAAACCGUGACAUCCUUGAAAAAAUAAUUUUGGUAAUUGAUAGCGCUCAAGAUGAAAACUUUACACCGUUUAUUGCAAGGAAUCAAAAAUACACACCUUUAAGUAUGGUUAAAAGGGCCAUCUCCAUCCUUAUUAAAUUAAAAUUGAAUAUAAAUCCUCAUCACGAGUUUGCUAUAAUAAUAAUGAAGAAAAAUGAUGCUGAGGUACUUUCCGAAUUUACAAAUAAUUAUAAUAACCUCAUUGAAUGCCUAGAUGAAAUUUCUGAAUGUGAAACUGAAGACAUUUUUGACUUGAACACUGUAUUUUCCAAAUUGCAAGACAUAGGUGUGCCUCCGUCUGGGCCAAGCCCUCUAAAACCAGGAUUAGAACCACCAUACAUUUUACGUACUGUAUUUUUCUAUGGCAGAUCUUUUACUUUGCCCCAAAUCACAAUGGAUGAAAACUUGGAAGCACUUUUCAUAAAUCCUUACUUUUUUUGUGAUGUCAUGAUGACCCACGAAGUGAUGGAAACAAGUAAUAAUUGUCAGAAAAUAUUUGAUGUAUUGCAAAAUUUGGAUAAAAAAGGUAUUGGAUAUUUCUUUCCUGUUGGUAGGGAUCUGAGAAGAAUGCAUAAGUGUAUUGGAAGACUUGUGGCCCAUCCUUUGCAGCGGCCUAUCCAAAAACUUAUCAGGAAUUGAUUAUUUUUCAUUAUAUUUAUUAUAUCUAGCUCUUAUUUUGAUUUCUUUUUCCCAUUUUCAAUAGAGUUGAUUUUUUUUAUAUUCUUAUUAGUUUUAUAGGUACUUUACACUUUACCCUGAAAAAUUUUGUAUUAUGCUGUCAAGAAGAGACAGCUGAGUAAAUUGUAAAUAAAAAUGUGCUAAAUGCUGGAGAACAUUUUAUUUACAAUCCCACGACCCUCAAAGCUCUGCGCUCUACCUCUUCAAUCUGUUGUUUAACCACAGCAUAUACAAAAACAAUCCAAAUCGGCUCUACCCUUG